CGUUUAACCACACGGGCUCGUAAAGCAGCUCUAGGACAGUGAACCUUUGGAGUUUGAUAUGAUGUGAUUACAGAAUCACCCCAGUGACACGUUGCCAAAUUCAGCAGAAUGAGGGUCUGAGUUUCCCGGGUGGUGAUCUCUGAAAUUGCUCAGUGAGCACCCCUAAUUCUGCUGAUUUAUUGCUGAUAAUCACUCACAAUGGAAACCAAUCAAAAAUGUGCGGAUGGACUGACGGGAACACAGAACGAAGCUGCGCUGCGCGAUCUCAUCCAGCGCACGGGAUAUCACAUACAUCAGGAAAAUGGCCAGAGGAGAUAUGGUGGUCCACCUCCUGGUUGGGAAGGUCAACCUCCAGAGAGAGGCAGUGAGAUCUUUGUUGGAAAGCUUCCUAGAGAUCUUUUUGAGGAUGAACUGGUGCCGCUGUGUGAAAAAUUUGGCAAAAUUUAUGAAGUACGGAUGAUGAUGGAUUUCAAUGGCAACAAUCGAGGUUACGCCUUUGUGACCUUUACCACAAAACAAGAGGCGAAAAAUGCCAUGAAGCAACUUAACAACUAUGAAAUCAGAAAUGGGAGACUUCUGGGUGUGUGUGCAAGCGUAGACAACUGUCGACUGUUUGUGGGCGGCAUUCCCAAAACCAAAAAGAGGGAAGAGAUCCUGGCGGAGAUGAAGAAGGUGACAGAUGGUGUCACGGACGUCAUCGUUUAUCCGAGUGCUGCGGACAAGACCAAGAACCGAGGCUUUGCCUUCGUGGAGUAUGAGAGCCAUAGAGCUGCUGCAAUGGCCCGGAGGAAAUUAUUGCCAGGGAGAAUUCAGCUGUGGGGUCACGCAAUCGCUGUAGACUGGGCAGAACCUGAAGUGGAGGUAGAUGAGGACACCAUGUCCACAGUGAAAAUCCUGUAUGUCCGUAACCUGAUGUUGGCCACCACAGAGGAGACCAUCGAGAAAGAGUUCAACGACAUUAAACCAGGAGCCGUUGAACGUGUGAAGAAGAUCAGAGACUACGCUUUCGUUCAUUUCUCCCAGCGGGAAGACGCAAUCAGCGCAAUGAAUGCUUUGAGCGGAAAGGUCAUAGACGGCUCCCCCAUUGAGGUCACGCUAGCCAAGCCAGUGGAUAAAGACAAUUACGUCCGAUACACCCGAGGCACGGGAGGUCGUGGAGCGGCUCUGCUGCAAGGAGAAUACACUUACGCUGUUGGACAAAUGUACGACCCGUCCGCUGCCUAUCUGGGCGCUCCCAUCUUUUACGCUCCCCACGCCUACGCAGCCAUCCCCAAUCAGUUUCGAAUCCCAGGUACCAAAGGACCCGUAAGCACCCGAGGGCUGGUGAGGUCACCCUCAGUGAGAGAAAUUUACAUGAAUGUACCUGUAGGGGCAGCGGGCGUGCGUGGUUUGGGCGGGCGAGGAUACCUCGCUUACGCAGGUGUAGGUCACGGGUGCACCACGUACCAACUCAAGACAGACAAACGCCCCGAUGACAAACUCUAUGACCUUCUUCCGGGCAUGGAGCUCACGCCCAUGACCCCUGUUACCCUGAAGCCCCAGGGCAUCAAACACCCCCCACAGAUCUUGGAGGAUAUUUGUCAAAAGAACAACUGGGGUCAACCGGUUUACCAGCUUCACUCUGCUAUCGGACCAGAUCAGAGGCAACUUUUCCUUUAUAAAGUCACCAUCCCUGCUCUGGCUUCUCAGUAUCCAAAUAUACACCCGUUCACGCCCGCCAAGAUCUGCGCUUCGAUGGAUGAGGCGAAGCUUCACGCGGCCGAGCACACGCUGCAGAUCCUCGGCCUGCAGACAGAGGGCGCUGACGCCUCCACCGCUGCUUUCGCAGGUUAUACAAUCGCCAGCACUGCCGGCCCGCUGAAACAGGCUGUUUCUCUGGGUCAGGAUCUGACCGCAUAUGCCACCUAUGAGGGUUACCCGGCCUUCGCUGUGGCCACCCGCGGGGACGGAUACGGAGUGUUUUAAUAUGUCAGUCAUCUAGUCUUUGUAUUAUUAGUUUGUGUUCUGCGUAUCUUGUCAUGUUUAUAGGUUUGAUAGAUUUAUGAUGGUUCUUUUCCUUCCCAUCAGGACUCAUCCCUGCUGAAAAACAAUUCUAGCGGGUUCCAUUAUAAACAAUAGCUUUUACCAUUAAAAUACAAAAUGCAAUGUGUAUUAUUCCAGUAAGAUAUAUUGAUGUUCUGGUUCCCAUCGAUCAGAUAACAUCACACCAGUAGAACCAACAUAUUACAAUAGAGACCAUAUUAAAACCAUAUUACAACGCCUAUUAUAACCAGUAUCAGUUAGAAUUUCUGGGAUGAAUUUGUUUUUUUCUCAGCAGGGAUGUUUUUGAGCAUAUUGCAAUAUUGUAAUGAUGUUUGUGUCAAUGCGAGUCAUCUUUUGACUUGAACUCAGGAAGCUGACGGUCUGAUAGAUGUUUAAUAAGUCAAUCCCAAAAAUUUGUUUUUUUUUCAGGCAAAAACUGUGUGUUUAAUUUUCACACCAUAAAUUCACUUGAUCGAAUCGUAGAAUAAUUCUGUUUCAACUUUCAGUUUCACUGUCAAAUGUCUAAAAGACCGACUGAAUUUCAGCUGUUUAAUGCUGCCUCUGAAUGACUUAUUACGUAUUAACACUAAAUCAUUACAAUCAAAUGAUGAAAUACGCUGUCCUAUCCCUGCAGAAGUUCACUUCACUUUGUUGUUGUGUAGCUGAUCCUUCAGUAUUUACAUUAACAUCCACCUGAAGAACCCUACAGUAACCUAUAGCCUUGCUGUAUGCUUUAUAUCCACCCGACCGUUUUAUGGUUUUUAAUAAGAUAGUUUGUUUUCUUUCUAUAUUUUAUAAGAUUUUGGUCAUCUCACACUUUUGAAUGUGAGAAAAAUAUGACAGCGUUUCUAAACACAGACACUUUUGUGAAAUAAGAUUCCUUAUCGGUGACAGUAUUAAAGUUUGUGUAGCACUUAGAACUUAUUUUUAUACCUGAAGUCCAGCUCUGUUUGUCUUUAGAUCAUUGACUGUUUGAAGUAAUUCACUGCGUCAGUGAUUGACAUUAAAACUGAAGAGAGAUUUCUACAGGCACCAAUCAGGAGAAAAAAAUAAGCCGAGAGCUACAGAAUGUGAAAGAUAAGAUUAAAUAAUUCCAAUACAUCCACAAACCAUCAAUAAAUUCAUUUCAAAGAA